CGCACUGUUGUUGUCGUUUGCUCGCGAGACAAAAACAAUUAGCUCGGAAGUGCAAGUCAAUUGAGAGAGUCAUUUUAAUUAUAUUUAUUAAGAUUAAGCGUUUAGAUUAGUGCGAAUACUCAGCGGGGCGACACAAUGCAAAGCGUUCUCAACACCGUGAAAGGCACGGCGCUCAAUGUGGCCGAAUAUCUAACGCCCGUUUUAAAGGAAUCGAAAUUCCGUGAGACGGGUGUCCUCACUCCGGAGGAGUUUGUGGCCGCCGGAGAUCACUUAGUGCAUCAUUGCCCAACUUGGCAGUGGGCAGCCGGCGAUGAAACCAAAACGAAACCCUAUUUACCAAAGGAUAAGCAAUUCCUGAUAACGCGCAAUGUGCCGUGCUAUCGUCGCUGCAAGCAGAUGGAGUACGUCGGCGAGGAGACGCUGGUGGAGGAGGAGUCCGGCGAUGGCGGUUGGGUGGAGACUCAUCAGCUGAACGACGACGGCACCACCCAGCUGGAGGACAAGAUCUGCGAACUGACAAUGGAGGAGACUAAGGAUGAAAUGCACACUCCAGAUAGCGACAAAUCAGCUCCGGGCGCUGGAGCCGAGGCCGAAGACGAGGACGAUGACGAGGCUAUUGACAUGGACGAUUUCGAGGAGAGCGGCAUGCUGGAGCUGGUCGAUCCGGCCGUGGCCACCACCACUCGCAAACCAGAGGCGGAAACGAAGGCCAGCCCCGUGGCAUCCACUUCGGGCGAGGCGGAGGCCAGCGGUGACUCAGUGCUCCACACACGCACAUACGACCUGCACAUCAGCUACGACAAGUACUAUCAGACGCCGCGCCUCUGGGUGGUGGGAUACGAUGAGCAGCGCAAGCCACUGACCGUAGAGCAGAUGUACGAGGAUGUCUCGCAGGACCACGCCAAGAAAACGGUCACCAUGGAGUCGCAUCCACAUCUUCCAGGUCCCAAUAUGGCCUCGGUGCACCCCUGCCGCCAUGCGGAUAUUAUGAAGAAGAUUAUUCAGACGGUGGAGGAGGGCGGCGGUCAGCUGGGAGUGCAUUUAUACUUGAUCAUAUUCCUGAAAUUCGUUCAGACCGUCAUACCAACCAUCGAGUACGAUUUUACGCAAAACUUCAACAUGUCUUAGGACCCGCCAUGCUUUUCAAUAUUGACGCAAUAAAAUAUAACUCAUAAAACGCUAGUUUGUAAACUAAUAAUCGAAUAAAGAUUUGAGCAAACAGCUAAUAACAUCAA